AUGUAAAUCAAAGAUGAAGAUUAAGAGAUGUGUAAAUUAACACAUCUUAAUAGGAGUUUUAUUUGCACAAACAUUGAAUGUAUUUAAGCUAAAAGAUUUUAAUUGGUAUGUCAUAAAUGUUUAACAUUGUAACAUACUAAUUAAAAAGGAAUUCAGAAAUUUAAAAAUACUAAAACUGUUCGUCAUUUGGAUGAUUUUAUAGAAUUAAAAGAAUUAUAAAAUCAUUUAGAAUAGAAAUAUCAAACAAGAUUAAAUUUUCUAUAAGAUGUAUAAUAAAAAUGCUUUGAUUUUCAGAAAGAAUAAAUAUAAAAAAUUGAAAAAUUUCCGUUUCAUGAUUAAAACUUCUUAAAAUAAGCAAAAGCUGAUGUUGAUACUCAAAUUUAAAUGUUUAUAAAUGAAAUAGGAUAUCAUUAAAGAUUGUUGAAUGAAACAAAGUAAUAUAAUAAUUAAACAAAUAAAUUUAUCUUGGAUUUGUAUAAAAGAAAUGAUGAAAAAUUUCAUAAUGAUAUAAUUAAUAAACAAAAUUAAGUUUUUGAUAGGAUUAGAACAAAUUUAGCUAAAAAGGGUAUUGAUUUAUAAAAAAUGUUUGCAAAGUAAGAAAUAUAUUAUUCUAUUAGUUAAGAAGAUAAAAUAAAUCAAGCUGAUGAUAGAUUAAAGAAAUUAGAAAAUCCAUAUGCAUCAAAUAAGUUAUUUAAAUAUACUUUUAUUAUUGCAAUUCUUAUAAUGAUAAGUAAUUAAUUCUCAAUUUUAACAUCAAAGGAUUAAAAAUAAAUUCAGAUAAAGGAAUCACUUAUGUUUGAAUCAGAUAUAAAUUAAAUUAAAGAAUAAUUGUCUGAGUUUUAAUAAGAAAAUAUAAUAAAAAUUGAAGAAAUUAAAAACACAUUAGAUCGUAAAUUAAUGAAUGAAAUUGAAUAUUUAAAAUUAUACAAUUAAUAAUUAAAAGUAGAAAUCAUAGAGUUGUAGAAAUAAUUUAAAGAAAUAUAAUUAUUUUAGAAUUAAACUAUAAACAUACUAUCUUAAGAACUUUCUAAUUUGAAAGAAUAAGUAUCAAUUUCUUAAAAUUAGAUUUCUAAUAUGAAUAAUGUAUAAAUAAUAAAAUAAUCCAAUAAUUUUAAUUAAGAUAAUAAUAAUAAUGUAAUAUUAAUAGAGAAAUUUAAUAAGGUUGAUGAGGAUAUUAAAUAAAUAAAUUUUAAUUUUAAUAAUACAAUCUAAGAAGUUAGAGAAUAUGUUGAUAAUAGAAUUUUAUUAAAUAAAUAGUUUUUCAAUGCUCAAAAGUAUUUAUUAGGAAAAAUUGAAUUAGAUUAUCCAAUAGUAUUGUUAUAAGGUUUUAAAAUAUAUUUAGAUUAAUAUUUAAAUAAAUCUUUAACUCUUGAUUAAAUUGCUAAUUUGACUGAUUCAUUCAGUUCAACUGGAAUAGCUUGUUUUGGAGGUAUUUCUGUUAAAAAACCAAGUCAUUUUGUAUUAAUGGCAUGUGAUUAUGUAUAUGAAAUUUUUACAAUUACAACAAGUAGAGAUAAAGCUAGAAAAAGUAGAUCAGGUGAUAAUUUGUAUUGGUAUUUUGUACCAAGAAUUUCAAUUGGAUUUGCACCGAACGAGAAAGUUCAUCUUCAAUUAGCAGAUAAUUAUGAUCCAUUAGAUCAAAAUAGAUUUAGUAUUUGGGUGGAUCAUCCAUAAGGAGGUAGAAGAAUUGGGAAUCAAACUUCUUUAAUUGAUACAACCGAAUAUAGAAUAGCAUUGUAUGUAAUAUAAUGA